AUGGGGAUCGUAAAGGCUCCUGGGGAAUCAGGCAAGAGGCAGGUGGCAUGGUUGGCAGAGUGCCGGUACACCGGAAGCCCCCCAGCUCUCCCAUUCAACCUAUCCUUGGAAAAUGCCAGACAGAUAAACCUGGACUCAGCGUGUGAAUGCGCACUUGCAUCAGGCCAAUGGCCAUGGCAGGUCAGCCUGAGGGAUUAUGGACAGCAUGUGGGUGGGGGCUCCUUGAUCACCGAGGACUGGGUGCUGACUGCAGCCCACUGCUUCAGCCAGAACCAACCACUGUCAGCCUACUUUGUGAUGCUGGGCACCAUCUUCUCCUACCCCCCGGCCAGGGUGCCCUGGGCACUCCAGGCCGUGGCCCAGGUCAUCACCCUCCCGAGUUACAUGGAGGUGCACGGCAGUGGGGACAUUGCCCUGGCGCAGCUGGCCUCCGCAGUCACCUUCAGUGAACUCAUCCUUCCAGUUUGCCUCCCCAAACUCGGAGACCCACUGGGUCAUGGCACCUGGUGCUGUGUCACUGGCUGGGGAAACACCAACAUGAAUCGAACGCUCCCUCCACCCUUCACCCUGAAGGAGCUUCAGCUGCUCCUCAGUGACACCCAUACCUGCGGCACCUACUACCAUGAGAAUUCUGUCACCCCCAGCCAGGAGCCCAUCAUCCUGGAGGACAUGCUGUGUGCUGGCUUCGAGAGUGGCCAGAAGGACGCCUGCAGAGGUGACUCUGGAGGCCCCCUGGUCUGUGACAUUGAUGGCAUCUGGACCCCGGCAGGGGUAGUGAGCUGGGGGUCUGACUGUGGCCUCCCCAAGAGGCCAGGCGUUUACACCAACGUCAGUGUCUACACCACAUCGAUUCUCAGCACAGUCCAGAGCUCAACCCCAGACAACAGGAGCUUCUCUCCAAGCCCUGCUGGGCUCUUCCUCACUGCCUUAUUGUUGUUUCUGUGA